ACGCGCUUUUCACUACCGGCUAAUAUUUUAUUUUAAUUAACUGUGGUGCUUACUGCUGCUGGUCUUUGUGCUAGUCAAAUCUCAAUCACAAAUAAGUUUAGCUGCAUAAUAAAUAAGCAAGUUCGACCGACCAGACUUGCCUCGAGAUGUUGAGGUCCAUAUGUGCCGUAAGAAGUAUUUGCAAGGCGAGUGCCGGAGUUAAUCGUCCCCUUGUGGUCAUUUCUUCGGCGAUUCGUCGAGGAGUAGUGGAGAGAGAUAACCGGUCAGCGCUCAGUCGAGAAAUUCAUUUCACCGCGGCCAUGGCUAGCUUCGCCGACUCGCAUGAAGAGAUUGACAAAUCCCUGCUCCGUCUGGAUCAUGAGAUUAGAAGAAAAGGGAGGGUAGCUCGUCAGGAAAUUGACGAGCUUCUUCAGGACAUUCGGGAUAUGAGAAAAGCCACAAGCAACCAGAGUCUAAUGAUGAUCCGAUGUUGUGGUGAACUCGUUCCAUCAGAAACUCCAGAAAAUAGAACGAAACUGGUUCAAGAAGUUUGGAAGACGAUGGAGAUGUUGAAUGUUCCUUUCGACAUCAGUCAUUACAAUGCCUUACUCCGAGUGUACCUCGAAAAUGAAGAAAAGUUUAACCCCACGGAAUUUCUACAAGAAUUGAGUAACAAAGGGCUGGAGCCAAACAGGGUCACCUACCAACGUCUCAUUGCGCGAUACUGUCUAGAGGGAGACAUUGACGGUGCGACGACGAUUCUCCAACACAUGAAAGAAAAACAAUUGCCCAUCAACGAACAAAUUAUUAAUGCUCUCAUUGAGGGUCAUUCAAAAGCUGAUGACAUGGAGAGUGCAGAGGGAAUGAUCCCCGUUAUGCGACAAGCCGGUCUGGAGCCAAAUGAUGACACCUAUGUUAAGUUGAUGUGCGGCUAUGCAAGAAAGGGAGAUAUGGACAACGUAAACCGGAUUGUGCGGGAGUGCGACGAACGCAAAGUAUUCUUCAUUGAUAAAGAUUACUUGGACGUCAUUUACACCCUGAUUGCAAAUGGUCAUGAUAAUUUGGUAGAGUCAGUGCUUCCACUGCUGAAAAAGCGAACGGGAUUCAACCAGGAUGCAACAAACUUGGUUUUACGCUUAGUUAGCAUCGGCCAGUUGGACAGUGCUUACAGAAUCUUGAAAGAAAUGUCGAAAAUAGUUUGGAACGAUGAAGUCCAGCCUUCCGGCAACUUUUUUCUGCAACAACUUGUCAAGACCUCGGAGCCUGAACAAAUCAUCAAGUUUUGUAAAAUGAUGAUGGCCGAAGAAGUUCACAACCAUGCACUUUCCAAGGCAUGUGACAUUGCCCUUCAAACCCAGCAAUUUAACAAAGCUUUUGACCUGCUGGAUGCUUACAAAGAGACGGGGGCUCAAAUCCGACAACACUUUUUCUGGCCUGUCUUUGCUGGGAGUCGAUCCGAGAAAAACGUGUAUGACGGGCUGAAAAACAUGAGAUAUCUGGAUGUUCCACCCAGCCUGGAAACCCUGAGGGACUAUGUAAUUCCAGCCCUGUUUAAGAAAUCAAAAGGAUCACCUGCCCAGAUAUUGGAGAAACUAGGUUCCCACACGGGAAGGCCACUCGUCGUUCUCGUCCCUGCUGUCAUGCAAUACUUGCUCUCGGAAAGGAAUAUCGAGCAGGCAAUCCAGUUUGCUCAACAAUUUCGCCUGCGAUUCUCAAACGCACAACUCCGUAAAACCAUAGCUGACUCCUACUUUCGAGAUAGAAAUGCACAAACAUUUGUCCAAAUUAUCGGCACAGCAAGUAUGGAUGGUGAAGACAAUGCUCGAGAGGCCGCAGGUCACAUGGUCUUGGACAUAUUGGAACGUUGCAGGGAGAAGACAGAAUUCAUUUUGCCGAUAUUCAAGGAGCUCUUGAAGCGCGGCAUCGGGCUGUCCAACAGUGGUGGGGAGUUGAUUCGAAUGAGACUGGGGGAUGAGCUGACUUCAGAACUUGCAAACCUUAUUGCUCAGCUUACCUCGGGAGCUCUUUCCCCUAAAGUAGAAAUGUACGCACCAUACAGGAAAAUCAUGCCUCAACAACUGGAGGGCAAGUCGGUAUCUGAACUUGAAGCACUACACGAAGAAGCUGUGAUAAGUGGAAAGCCUACCCGAAGUCUCAAAAAAGCACUCUUGCUUGCAUAUUUCAGAAAGAAAGACUUGGAAAAGGCUCAUGCCAUUCGGCAGGAACUCGCCGCAUAUGAUGAGCUACUCAGACAAACUCUUGGAUGAAAAGGCUAAAAUAUGUAUUGCGCUGGCUAGUUUUUAUGAAAAUGCGUCCGAAAGCGGCGAAAAAUGAGACAAGUUGGGUAUUUGAUCUUACACACUAAAAGACUGGAUUUUUAUUCAAGAGAAAUAUAUUGUAUUUACCAAAGCCAUAUUGAUAAAUUAUUAGCUAAAUAAAAACCAUAUUUGAUUA